AUGGAGGACGUAGGCAGCGUGAGUGCUCUCAAGUCACGCUCCAUCUCAUCUAGGCUACGAAAAACUGCCAAGCCACGCAAAUUAUGGUAUAACGAAGAAAUAAUCCCACACAAAAAGCCCACAACGGAAGGCAUCGACUCGCCAAAAGAAGACAAGACAUCAAGCCAUAUCGAUCGUGCAGAGAUCAGCAAAUGCACCCCCUUCCAACAACACAUCCACCAGAGACCAGACGAACAAUCAACGGGAAACAGAAAACUCAACGUCAAAACCACACCAAUCUCUAUGCACUAG